AUGGCUGGGCCGGUGCAGCUGGCGCCUGGAACGCUGGCGCUGGUUCUGUACAGGAUGGAGCCUCACGAGGGGGCGACGGCGGCUGGGGACGCGGAGGAGUCCGGCGGGCGCGCAGUUUUCCGCGCCUUUUGCAGUGCCAACGCACGCUGCUUCUGGAACGCAAGGCUGGCGCGCGCCGCCUCGCGGCUAGCCUUCCUGGGAUGGCUGAGGCGCGGGGUGCUGCUGGUGCACGCUCCUCCAGCCAGCCUGCAGGUGUUGCGCGAUGCUUGGCGGCGCCGGGCGCUGCGCCCGCCGCGCGGCUUCCGCAUCAGGGCGGUGGGUGAUGUCUUUCCAGUGCAAAUGAAUCUAAUAGCUCAAUCUCAGUUUAUACCUUUGGCUGAAGUUCUUUGCUGUGCUGUAUCUGAUAUGAAUGCAGCUCAGGUUGUAGUAACACAGGAAUCACUACUGGAGCAUUUAGUGAAACAUUACCCAGGCAUUGCAAUUCCAUCUCAAGAUAUUAUCUAUACCACUCUGGGAACUCUGAUUAAAGAAAGGAAGAUUUAUCAUACUGGAGAAGGAUACUUCAUAGUUACUCCUCAGACUUACUUUAUCACAAAUACAAUCAACCAAGAACAUAAGAGAGUCCUAUCAGAUGAAAAUCACCCAAUGCCAACUUCUAUUACAUAUCUAGUGAGUGUGGACAACUCUGUAGAAUUAGCCAAAGAGAAUGCUGCCCCUAUUUCCCAUUGUCAGUCUUGCCGAUGCUUUUCUGAUGUGUGCACUCAGGAUGUACAGAAACCACAAAUUGUUGCAGAAGUGACUAGAAAAGGCCAGAAAAGUCUCGGGGAAUCUAAACCUUUGGUACCGAAUCAGGCAGUUUCAGUGUCUGAGGAGAAUCAUGUCUGUGAUAGGACCAAACCUUCAUCAUGUACAAAAGACAGAGAAAAAGGCAAGAAGUUUGGCUUUGGUCUCUUCUGGCGCAAUAUAUCCAGAAAGGAGAAACCCAAAACAGAGCACAGCAGUUUCUCUGCCCAGUUCCCACCUGAAGAAUGGCCUGUUCGAGAUGAAGAUAACUUGGACAAUAUCCCACGAGACGUUGAACAUGAGAUAAUCAGACGAAUUAACCCCAUUCUAACUGUUGAUAACUUAAUCAAACACACUGUCUUAAUGCAAAAAUAUGAAGAGCAGAAAAAGUAUAAUAGCCAGGGUACUUCCACUGAUAUGCAGACAAGUAGGCACAAAUAUUCUACAAAAGAAGAUGUUGAGAAAAGGCAAAGUCGGUCUGCAAAACCUCAACGGCAGGGUCAUUCUCAUAGAGAGAGACACAAAGGCAGAAGUCAGACAAGUGAGCUAAAAAGCAUUAGACAGGAGAAAUACCUCAAGCUCCUCGCUACACAGUCCAACUCCAGAAGUAAAACUCCAAAUGAAGUAGUUCAGAAACCACUUGGUGAGAAUCCAAUGGUGCUAGAUUCCCAUUUGAUUUAUAAAAGGAGAAUCAGCAAUCCUUUCCAGGAUUUGCCUCAUCGCAGGAGCCCAAUGACCAAAGGGCACAAGAGUCAGAAGUCCAAGGAUCUGAAACCCAGUCGGAUUGGGCCAAAAGAAAGAACUUUCCAAAGGUCAAGGUCUUUACAUUCCUCAAACAUCUUUGACUGUGAAACCAAACAGCCAUUUGCAAAACAACAUAAACUGAAAGAAGAAUCAAUUUAUAUGAGUAACUCUGUCCCACCUAUCAGUGAUGACUUAAGAGAUCAUCUCCCAGAUAACGCUCAAUGUAAUGAUCUGCAAAUUGAUAACAACUGCUGUUCCUUUAGAGAAGUUACAGGAUACGACAUGUAUGGUGGAGGAAGCGAUGUAAUCCCUGAAAUCUUGAGGAGAAGCCAUUCUCACUUUGACAAAUUAGAGGAGACAGAAGAAUCACAGCAUGUCCCGCCAUCACAAGAUCCUUCCUCUUUAGACCAAGCUUCCUCUACUUGUGGGUUAGUUGCUAAAACAAUGCAACAGUUCCAAAAUCUUGGCCUUUUGGAUUACCCAGUUGGUGUGAACCAUUUGAGACAACCUGAGAGGCAAAACAGAGAUUCAGAAGAACUAAAGAGAAAGGCAUUUGUCCAGGACACAGAGACUCUUAAUCUAGAAAAUGAAGGCCUUUCUGACAGUGAUCAGGCCUUGUAUGAAAAUGAAGUGGAAGAUGAUGAUGGUGCCUGCAGUUCAUUAUAUCUGGAGGAGGAUGAUUUUUCAGAGAAUGAUGACUUACGUCAAGUACUGUCUGGUCAUACUCGGAAUUCCUUUCCAGGGGGAAGUAAGUGGAAUGAUUUAGGAAAACAAAAGGGGACUGAAAAAUCUCUGACUGAGUACAAUAGCAACAUAUAUAGAUUCGAAACUCAGGUGCUUAAUGGCAGUGAAUGUUAUCAACACAGUGGGUUGCUAACUAACCCAGGUGAAAGUCAAACACCUAAUCUCGCUACUGAAAGCAGUGGCCUUCAUUCAGGGCCCAGGUUCACUUUUAAUUAUGAAGAGGACCCCAGUGUUGCUAAAUGUGCACAGGCCUCAGCACUCGGUGAUGGAAGUAUAUUUGAUUACUACAGCACAAGGAAAGCCAAUUCUGAGGCUGAAACCCUGCAAGACUCUGCUGGUGACAUAGGAAAGAAACCAGCCACCUGGAGUCAGAAUCCUCAGAAUCAGGAAAUGAGAAAACAUUUCAAACAGAAGUUAGAACUCUUCAGUUCUUCACGUAGGCCAGUGUUGUCUCAGGAUGUCCAACAUGAAGAUAGUCACUUGGAAGGAACAGAAAAUCAUAGCAUGGCAGGAGAUAGUGGAAUAGAUUCUCCACGGACUCAGAGUUUGGCAUCUAAUAAUUCAGUCAUUUUGGAUGGACUAAAAAGAAGACAGAAUUUUCUGAAGAACAUUGAAGGCACAAAGAGCAGUCAAGCACUCACACCCAAUUCCUUACUACAACUAACUCCAGUCAUAAAUGUUUAA